AUGAACAAAAUGAGUUCUCAUGCAAUUGCUGCUCUUGGAGGGGUUGUGGCAAUAUUAAUGCUUCUACAACGCGUGGAGGCACAGAGACUGCAUGUGGUUGGAGAUGACAUGGGUUGGAUAGUUCCACAAAAUACCUCCGCAUAUCAAACUUGGGCUUCUAAGAAUAAUUUUGCAGUUGGAGAUAUUCUAUUGUUUAAUUUCGAGACAAACCAACAUGAUGUACUUGAAGUGCCAAGAGAGUCCUAUAAUUCGUGUAGUUCGGAGAACUCUAUAGGCACGGUCAUAACCACUGGCCCCACCAACGUGACCCUCAACAAAGGCGGCGAACAUUACUACAUUUGUACCAUCGGUCAGCACUGCAAUCGUGGCCAGAAGUUAGCCAUCAAUGUCUCAGGCUCUACCAUUGCUUUGCCACCUUCUACCGCCAUUCCACCAGCUACCACGGCCACCCCUGAUCUUACUCCACCAUCUCCAUCUUCUGCAUCUUGUGCUUUCGCUACUUUUCCUUUCCUAUUAUUGUUAUCAUUCAUCUGCAUGGCCUUUUGGAUGUAG